AUGGAUGAAAAAACCGAUCACCCAGCAGCUAAACCUGAAGAAGAAAUAAGUGUAGCCAACAUCUCAGUCCAAAUGGUAGCUGCAGAAGAUAAGUUGGCAAAGAGGAUUCUGGCGAGGAAAAAACAUGGCAAAUUGAAAUUGAAGAAAAAAGAUAAGUUGCUGUUGAAUUUUCAAAACAAAAUAAUUCUCUUUACCCUCAUUCUGUUCAUUUUAGGAGUUGUAACCUGGACAUUACUGUGGCUCUUCAUUGUUCAGGCAGAAAACAAAGAGGCAUUGUAUUUUGUUGGACUGUUUCGUGUUGCCAACAUAGAGUUUCUCCCGGAAUAUAGGCAGAAGGAGUCAAAAGAAUUCCUCUCUGUGGCACAGAAUGUGCAGCAUGUGAUGAACUUGGUCUACACAACCUCCUCUUUCUCCAAAUUUUACAAGCAGUCCACAGUUUCAGAAGUCAGUAACAACAACAAUGGAGGCCUCCUUAUUCAUUUCUGGAUCGUAUUUGUGGUACCACAGGCGAAAGGCCAAGUGCUGUGUGAAGAUUGUGUGGCUGCUGUCUUAAAGGAUUCCAUUCAUACAAGUAUCAUUAACCGGACCUCGGUAGGAAGUCUUCAGGGCCUUGCAGUCGACAUGGACUCCAUUGUACUGAGUGCAGGUCUUCGGUCAGAUUACUGGUCAACAACAGGCACAGGAACAAACUGUAUGUACGAUCUGUAUGCUGAUCGCCUACGUGAGCACAUUCCUUUGGAUAUCCAUGCUACCUCAGGGGGAACGAUCUGCUAUUUUAAACUGGUUGCAUCCGUGGGCCAUCUUAUUCGUCUGUCAAUAGCAUCCCUUCAGAUUGAAGCAGAUAACUGCAUCACUGACUCACUAACUGUUUAUGACUCUCUGAUGCCAAUCAAACAUAAGAUACUGUACCGAGCUUGUGAACCAGGCGAUUCAUUGAUGUCACUCGUGUCCACAAAUAAUCUCAUGCUGGUAAUGUUUAAGGCAGCACAAAUAAAGGAACAGAAGGAAUUCCAUGGCUAUUUUGAGGUCAUUACACAAGAAAGGUGGGGAAAAGCAAUAGUGACAAAAGAGAAAACUGGCUAUGAAGGGAGAAUAACAAGUCCCUACUACCCAAGCUAUUAUCCUCCAAAAUGUCUUUGUGCAUGGAACUUCCAGACUCCACAGAAGAGCCUUGGUAUAGCUCUGAAGUUUCAUAACUAUACCAUCAGUGAGAAGAAUAUUAAAGGCUGUGAGAGAGGAUGGUGGAAAAUUAAUGAACACAUGUACUGCGGUUACUAUGUUGAUCACCAAACAGUCUUCCACAUUGCAAGUUCUGCUGUCAACAUUGAGCUUCAGUGCAGUUCGGAGGUCUCAGAGAAGCCAAUUCUGGUGGAGUAUGGCAGCUAUAACAUCAGCCAGCCUUGUCCACCUGGACAUUUCAAGUGUUCUACUGGCUUGUGCAUCCAGCAGAUGCAGCGCUGUGAUGGGAUUAACAAUUGCUUUGAUGAAAGUGAUGAACUCUUUUGUGUUGUCCCUGAGUGGAACUGUAACUCCAGCUUCGCAAUGCAGGAUAAUCUGCUUGCCUGCAAUGGAGUAAGCGAUUGUGAGAAUGGAAAAGAUGAGCAGAACUGCACCCACAGUAUUCCUUGCACCAACCACACGUUUAAGUGCAGAAAUAACAUUUGCAUUAGGAAACAAAAUGCAAAGUGUGAUGGGACUGUGGACUGUAUUGAUGGAAGUGACGAAAGCAGCUGCAGUUGUGGCAGCAGCAAGAGCAGCAGUCUUAUCUCUCGGAUUGUAGGUGGUACGAACACUGAGGAAGGUGAAUGGCCCUGGCAGGUCAGCCUCCAUUUUGUGGGAGCUGCUUACUGCGGGGCAUCGGUGAUAUCGAAAGAGUGGCUUGUGUCUGCAGCUCACUGCUUUCAAGGCAGCAAGCUGGCUGACCCCAGAGCGUGGCGUGCUCACCUGGGGAUGCGAACACAAGGCCAUGCGAAGUUUGUGUCUGCAGUGAGGCGGAUCAUCACCCACGAAUACUACAACAGCAGGAACUACGACUACGACAUCGCGCUGCUGCAGCUGAGCAAGCCGUGGCCGGACACAAUGAGCCAUGCCAUCCAGCCCAUCUGCGUGCCCCCCUUUUCCCACAAAGUCCACAGUGGUGACAGGUGCUGGGUAACAGGUUGGGGCCAAAAGCAGGAGGCAGAUGAUGAAGGUUCAGCAAUUCUUCAGAAAGCAGAGGUAGAAAUUAUUGACCAAACGUUAUGUCAUUCCACAUAUGGGAUUAUCACAGCUAGAAUGUUUUGUGCUGGACUAAUGUCCGGGAAAAGAGAUGGGUGCAAAGGUGAUUCCGGUGGACCAUUGUCUUGUCAAAGCAACGGAGAUGGGAAGUGGUUUCUGACUGGCAUUGUUAGCUGGGGUUAUGGAUGUGGAAGACCAAAUUUCCCUGGUGUCUACACAAAAGUGGCACCAGCUAUGUGCGUGGUGCAAUCAUCUAAUGGGAAGCUGAAGAAACAAUUGACCAGCUCCAGACGCAGCUUUAGUCUUACUCAGUCGUUUCCUUUGAGAUGUGUAUGGCCAGACACAGUAGCGACUGUGAAUGAGAGAGAGGAAGAGGAGGGACUGCAGAAAUCAUUAGGUUUGUCAGAAGGCAUUUGUCAAGGCGUCAUGAUACGGGCUUUCCCCUCCAGCCGGGUUUCUGUGUACACCAUACCAGCUCCACACGGCUCUGAGCAGACUGCGGGGCAGGAAAGUCCGCAUAUUCCCUACUGCCCGUGCUACCGAGAAGGCUUGUGUCAGAAGUACUGUUGCUUCAAAGGGGUGAGGUCGCGUUUCUGGAGAAGACAGCUUCUAGGAAUACUACCUAUAGUUUCUUUAACAGUUACCGGAAUUGUGCUACUCCUGCACUAUACGUUCUCUCCAGCUUUCUCCUUUAUUUAUAUUGGUGGAAGUGUAGAAAUUCCUAAUUUGACUUAUACAAAUGACCUCAACGAUCCAAAGUCACAGAAAUUCCUCCUGCAAGCAGAAGCAAUCCAAAAUUAUUUUGCAGAAUCAUAUGAGUCUUGCUCCUUGGGAAAGUACUACUUGAAGUCUGUAGUGGCUGCUUUCAGUGAAGGAGAGUCUGGACUUCGAGCUUACUACUGGAAUACAUUCUGGGCACCACAAGAUAUGGUUGCUUCUCUUAAAAAACUAACCCCAGUGGAACAAAAGGAAAUCAGUAGUAAACAAGCAGCUCACAUGUUCAGUUCUUCUGGGGAGGAAGAUUUUGAUCUCGUUACAAUGGAGCUUUUUGUUUCAGAUUCCACAGAAUAUGAUGUGAUGCUAAAAUCAGCAGUAUCCUUUGACCUGUAUGCCAAGCCAGGUAACAACAGGACUCUAACUCUGAUGAAUCCCAAAAAGUCUUUUUAUCAAUGGAGACUGCGAGUUCCUUCUAACUAUGUGGUGAGACUGGUAGUUAUCACUUUGCAUGGUGUUACUCCAGAGAGCUGUGCAUCACACCACUUAUCAGCAUAUGAUUUCCUUCUUCCUCUGCAGAACAAGAUCAUUACAAGAUGGUGUGGACCUGGGGCCUGGACUACUCCUGUUGUACGUUUAACUUCAUCAAGUAAUGUAAUGCUGCUUACCUUCUCACUGGACCGAAGAGAAGAAAGCCACGUAUUAAAAGCUCACUUUCAAGCCAUUCCUAAACUCAUGUGUGGUGGUCAUUAUAUUUCCUGGAACGGGACACUGAGUUCCCCUUAUUACCCAAGUUACUACCCACCAAACAUUGACUGCAGCUGGAUCAUCAGAGCACCUUUACCUGGCUACAAGCUCUCAUUAAAAAUCCUCGUGAUACAAAUUCAAGAGAAGUCUCCAGGGUCCAGUAAAUGUGAUAAAGAUUGGUUAGAAAUUGAUGGAGUUAGAUACUGUAAAGCUCUUUCAGAAAGCAACAGAAACAGAGAAUAUGGUUAUUCUGUCGCAAUCAACUUUCAUUCUGAUGAACUGGUCACCCACAGAGGGUUUUACAUGGAAUACAAAGCCUUCAGUCACACGGACCGUUGUAAUCCAGAACAGUUGAAAUGUGGUGAUGGGAAGUGUAAGCAUCAGUAUAAUACUUGCAAAGAUGAUGACAGCUGUGCGGAGGAUAGUGAUGAAAACAUCUGCUCCUACAAAAGUUGCUCCCCUUAUGCAUACAAAUGCCUCAAUGGAAAAUGUUUGCUGAAAUCAAAUCCUGAGUGUGAUGGGAAAAGAGACUGUGCAGAUGGAUCUGAUGAAAUGAACUGUGCUUGUGGAAGACACCUGCUUAAGAAAAACAGAAUUGUUGGAGGUGAAGAUGCACGAUCUGGAAAGUGGCCUUGGCAAGCGAGUUUACAGAUGGGAUCACGUGGCCAUGUAUGUGGGGCAUCUGUUAUUUCUAAUAGGUGGCUCUUAUCUGCUGCCCAUUGCUUCCUGGAUUCUGAUUCUGUAAGAUACUCCGUUCCUUCAGGAUGGAGAGCGUAUAUGGGCUUACAUACUAUUAAGGAGAAGAGCAAUCGUGUAGCUAUGAGGUCGAUCAAAAGGAUUAUUGUCCACCCACAGUAUGACCAAUCUAUCUCAGACUAUGACAUUGCCCUGUUGGAAAUGGAGACACCUGUAUUCUUCAGUGAGCUGGUACAGCCCAUUUGUUUACCCAGCACCUCUAGAGUAUUUGUUUAUGGAACUGUCUGCUAUGUAACUGGCUGGGGAGCCAUAAAAGAAAAGAGUCAUCUUGCUGAAACACUGAAGGAAGCUCGAGUAAGAAUAAUUAACCAAAGUGUUUGCAACAAGCUCUAUGAUGAUCUUAUCACAUCACGUAUGCUGUGUGCUGGGAAUCUUAAUGGUGGUGUUGAUGCAUGCCAGGGAGAUUCUGGAGGUCCCUUGGCCUGCACAGGAAAAGGAAAUAGAUGGUACCUUGCUGGCAUUGUGAGCUGGGGUGAAGGAUGUGCUCGGCGCAAUCGUCCUGGUGUAUACACUAAGGUGACAGCACUCUAUGACUGGAUUCGUCAGAAUAUAAAUUGA